CUCCAAGAUAGGGAUGUUCUUAUAAUAGGCGCGUUUGCCGCCGUUGGCCACUAACUUGCACACCAUAUAUCUGCCCUGGGCGUCCCCCCUGGUGCUCGUUGACUCACUGUCCAAUGGUACAGACGAGGAACUCAGCGCUAUCUUGCCAACCCAUACAAUCUACAUCAAAUUCAACCUACGCUAACAAUGGGAGGUCCGGCUAAUGAUAUAGGCCGUGGUAUUGACUUUUGGCCAACUGGACAUUCUAGUCAAUAAUGCACACAGCCUGGCUGAUAAAACAUUGGAUGCCAAGGACAUGCAGCUUAUCUGUAACAGCAUUGACGUUAAUUUUUGCACAUCCAUUUUUGGCACCCUGGGUGUUCUCGUGGUAUUUUCGCCAGGCGGGCAAGCAGGGCAUGGUGGUCAAUGUUGCAGUGAUGGCUGGGUUAGUUUUCAGCAAGGAAGGGGAGGUGUUUGCCACGAUGAAUGCUGGUCUGAUACAUUUUACUGAGGCUAGUCGCAUACAGAAGGAUAAUGCCAGAUGGUGUGCCUUGGCACCCUAUUAUGUUGACGGUUUGGUGGACGGCGGUGGUGGCGGCAGGAUGUUGCCCAGGAAUAAAUUGGGUGCAGAGUUGGCUAUAAUCUGCGAGCAGGUUGUUCAGGCUGUGGUCAGGUGUAUUUUUGAUGACCGGUUAAAUGGAAAAACGGUUCUGAUGGCUGGCGAGUCUACUUAUACGCAUACUUGGACGUAUUUGUUGGCCAGAGUGCACAUAUUUUUCAUCAUUAUGUGGAGCAUACUUGUGCUACUCUCCAAUCGGUCAAUGUUUUGUGCUAGCACAAUGUGAAGAACAAGCGGAAAGAAGCAGAAACUGAAGCUGAUAGUAAAAAAAGCAUUGCAUUUUCAUUUGUUUUUCCACUAAAAAUGCUUUGGUCGAAAUGCUACUUGAUUACUGACAAUAUAUUUUUGCUAGAUAUUUGAUCACCUCCAUUUUAGUUCAGAG